AUGGCUGCGUCCUCUCUUGGUCAAGUUGCCACCGUGGCUGCCACUCUCCUGGCACCUCUUGUCUGCGCCCAGUCUCUGUCCGUCAAAGGCAUCGUUCUCGACACUGUGGCUCCCGCUGUCGUCAAUGUCAGCACUGCCACCAACGCCAGCACGGCCUACUUCCCCUUUGAGGCCCAACAGCUGACAGAUGCCGUUCUGUCCAACUUGACGGCCGUCAACCUAACCAGCUCGGACUUGUUCGCCUUUGCCGACGCAACCAACAGCCCCGUCGUGAAACGCUCGGGCCUGUGCCGUCUGCUUCCAGGCGACCAGCUGUACCCCAGCACCGCUGUCUGGGAUGUGCUUGGUCUGCUGCUGGGCCCCGACGUGCUGAUCAAGACGGUGCCCCUGGCCUCUCCGUGCUACACGAGCUGGGACAAUGAGGACGAGGAGCAUUGCUCGUUUAUCACCAAUAACUGGAGCAACGACUCGUACAUGCACGCCGAUGAUCCAACCUCGGUCAUGUGGCCGCUGUAUCAGGGCCGAACCUGCAUGUCGGCUACGUAUGGCAGCGAGAACUGCACGCUGGGCGGCUAUCCGUCGUACGCCGUGGCCGUGAGCAGCGUGGCACACGUGCAGCUGACCGUCAACUUUGCCCGCAAUACAAACCUGCGGCUGGUGGUCAAAAAUACGGGUCACGAUUUCAACGGCAAGUCGGCCGGCGCGGGCGCACUGUCGGUGUGGACGCAUGGUCUCAAGCAAGCCGCUUUCUACGGCUCCCUGCACCAGGACGGUUACACCGGGCCGGCCAUCAAAGUUGGCACUGGCAUCCAGGCCUUUGAGCUGUACGAGUUUGCCCAGGCACACAACGUCACUGUGGUCGGUGGCGAGGGAAAGACAGUCGGCGUGGCCGGCGGCUACAUGUUGGGUGGCGGCCACUCGCCGCUAUCGAGCAUCUACGGCAUGGCAUCCGACCAGCUGCUGGCCAUGGAAGUCGUCCUUCCCGACGGCCGCUUCAUCACCGCUAGCAACAGCUCGCACCCAGACCUCUUCUGGGCUCUGCGUGGCGGCGGCGGCAGCACCUUUGGCAUCGUCACGUCGCUGACCGUCAAGGCUUACCCGCGCCUUCAGGUCGCCGUCGCCACCUUCAGCUUCAUCGGCGGCGGUGGCUCAGCAACCAACAUCUCUACCGACGUCUUCUGGCAGGGCGUCACUGCCUACCUCGCCCGCCUGCCAUCUUUUGUCGACGCCGGCUGCUACGAGUACUUUUCUGUCUCUCUCACCGCCACCGACUCCCUCGCCUUCAAGAUGGCCCCCUUCUUUGCCCCCAGUCAUACCACCGCCUCGCUCGCCGCCCUGAUCGAACCGCUGCUAGUCGAUCUCGAUCGCCUCGGCAUCGAUGUCCGCUCUGGCCUCACUUACUAUGCCUGCGACAACUUUUACGACGCCUGGGACCUGCACUUUCCGCUCGAGACCGUCGGCAUCACCUUUGUCAAGACCGCCAGCCGCCUCUUCCCGCGUGAAAACUUUGAGCCGCUGACUGGCAACGCCACCCUCUUCAACGACACAGUCGCUGCUUUCCGCAGCACCAUCUCCGAUGGUGGUGCCCUCCUCGCCUUCAAUAUCGGCGCCAACCCUCCGGCCGGCUACCCCGACAGUGCCGUCAACCCGGCCUGGCGCAAGACCGUCAUGCACGCCAUCCUCGGCGCCUCUUGGAGCCCCACGGCAGACAUUGACACCAUCGCCGCUGCCUGCCUCAAGCUCACCAACGACUGGAUGCAGCGCUGGCGUGAUGUCUCCCCCACUGCUGGUGCUUACAUGAGCGAGGCCGACAUCCUCGAGCCCAACUUCCAGCAGGCCUUUUACGGCACCGACCACUAUGUCCGCCUCUACGCCCUGAAGCAGGCACUCGAUCCCUGGGGCCUAUUCUAUGCUCCCACCGGCGUUGGAAGCGAGAACUGGUACAUCACCGGCCAGAUCGAGGGCCUUCCUACCCAGAAUGGCCGCCUCUCACGUCUAGACGCGCGACUGGCUCUUUAG